GCGGAGGAGAGAGGAGGGGAGACCCGCCACCUCCCUUCAUUGCUCACAGACUUGUUCCCUCCCCGGUCUGCGGCUGCUGCAGCGGCGGCGGCAGCGGCGGCGGCAGCGGCGGCGACGGGACGCAGGAGCAGUCCCGAGGCUAGCAGCAGCGGAUGAGACUGGGACGAACAGAGACUGCUGGAUUUGCUACUGUCACUGCUGUUUCCUCUUCCCCACGGGCCCUCUCCCAUCUCUCUUCUCUAAGAUGGAAGCCAGCAGCUCUGAGGUCUCUGAGAUGAAGGGGGUAGAAGACAGUCCCAACACCCAGACAGAAGGUCCCAGGCAUUCUGAAGAAGGACUAGGCCCUGUCCAGGUUGUAGCAGAGAUCCCAAACCAGACAGAGGCCCUUCAGCCGGGCGCAGGCAUCAUUGCAGCCCCUGUGGACUCAGGGCCUAAGGCAGAGCUGGCACCAGAAACCACAGAGACCCCAGUUGAAACCUCAGAAACAGUUCAGGCCACAGACCUCAACUUAAACCCAGGAGAAGACUCCAAGCCCAGCCCCAGCCCCGGCCCCAGCCCCAAAGAGGCGUGCCAAGAGCCAGCAUCCAAACCAGAGGCUGACAGAGAAGCUAUAGCAGAGCAAGGGUCUGAGCAGCAGUCUGCAGCUCCUCCUGAGCCAACCCCAGAGCCUGCUUUUCAGCUAAAUACCCAGUCAGACCCUCAGCCAACUUCCCAGCCUCCUUCUAAACCACCCCUUCAGGCAGAGCGCCCCACCCAAGAGGACCUUACCACAGAGGCCCUGACAGAAAGUACAGGGGAAAAACAAGAAAAUGGAGCAGUGGUUCCCCUUCAGGCUGGUGAUGGGGAGGAGGGCCCAGCCCCCCAACCUCACUCACCACCCUCAACUAAAACACCCCCAGCCAAUGGGGCUCCCCCUCGUGUGCUGCAGAAGCUAGUUGAGGAAGACCGAAUAGGAAGGGCUCAUGGUGGGCAUCCAGGCUCUCCUCGAGGUAGCCUAAGCCGCCAUCCCAGCUCCCAGCUGGCAGGGCCUGGGGUGGAAGGGGGUGAAGGCACCCAGAAACCUCGGGACUAUAUCAUCCUUGCCAUCCUGUCCUGCUUCUGCCCCAUGUGGCCUGUCAACAUUGUGGCCUUCGCUUAUGCCGUCAUGGUGAGCCCCAAGGGACCCUGGCCCAAGUGUACUGUGGCUCCCAGCUUUGUGCCAGUGCCAGCACGGAGUCCCACAAAUGACACCUUCCUUCACCUCGCUGCAUGGACCCCACGUUUCCAGUUGCCCAGCCUUUGCUUGCAUUCUCCCCCCAGGACCUAACCUUCCAAGGCACUCCUGCCCUACACCUUCAAGCGGGAGGGAAACAUGUUUCAUAUAAUCUUGCUGACCUGUACCCUCUUCCCCCCUGCAUCCCCAAUUCUUCUUCCUUUCUUAACCCCGUGGGGCUGUCCUCCCUCUGGACUCUCACCCGAUCCCUGCUGGGCUGGCUCCUGCUGACCUGGGCCACGAUACCUCCAAACCCCUCACCCUCACCCUAGUCCCGGAACAGCCUGCAACAGGGGGACGUGGAUGGGGCUCAACGUCUGGGCCGAGUAGCCAAGCUCUUAAGCAUCGUGGCGCUGGUUGGGGGGGUCCUCAUCAUCAUCGCCUCCUGCGUCAUCAACUUAGGCGGUGAGUGGGGGUCGGGGACAGGAAGGGAGGAGCGGAGGGUUGGCAAGGACAGCUUUACUAACCCCUGACCCUGCUCUCUCCUGUCUGUCCUCCCUAUUCCUUUGUGUCUUCCUGUCUCCUUCCCUGUCUGUCUGUCCCUCUCCUCUCCCACAGUGUAUAAGUGAGGGGCUCUGCCCUGCUUUCCAAGACCUUUCUUCCUGUUGGGAGCUGUCUUGGGUCUGUCCCUAUCCUGGGAGAGUCCCAGUCCCUGGCCCUGGCCCCCAUUUCUAGGGACCAAGGAAGCCUGAGCGGCCUGUUUACAGCUUCUCCCCUGCUCCUGCCCCUGCCCCUGCUCCUGCCCGGCUCCUCUGCCAGCCAUAGGCUUCCUUUCCCCCUGCACUUUUGCCUGCAGACCUCCCCUCCUGCCUCUUGACCUCCCCAACCCUGCACUCUGAAAACCUCUCUGCACUUCUGGAAGCCUUCCUGAACAUCUAAAUUGUACUCUGCACCUCUGCAUCUCCCCCAGCCCCUGCACUUCCUCCGCCUCUGGAGUCCUCUGAACCUUAAUUAACCCCGACCUCCCAACUUUCAUUGUCUUGGUAUCUAACCCCUCCUUUUCUUCCCUUCCUUAACUUAACAUCCUUUCCCCUUGCCACAUCCCUUGACCCCGUCUCCCUUUUCAUCUUCCCCGUAGCGUCUUCACCCUCCUGCCAACACUUAGUCUGCAGAAACUGCAGUACUUAGGUCAGGCUGAGGGAAGAGGGGUGGUGUGGGAGAGGAGCUUAGCUGGGGGCUCUGACUGUUCUCUACUGGGGACCACCCAGGCCCAGACCAUACCCCCACCCAACCCCUAAGGUGCC